CCGCGUCGGAGCUGCCUCCUCUCUCCGGCAAGGCGUCUUUGGAGACAAGGUUGCGGGGCUCGGUCUUGGAGGCUGCGCCGUCGGUCCCCGGGCGUGUGAAAUGCUGGUCUGGCUGAAAGAAGAAGAAAUGUCGCAUCGGGAACUCAGCCAGCGCCUGGCAACGGUCAUCACCCAUGUGGAUGAAAUAAUGCAACAGGAGAUCAGGCCUGUCACGGCGGUGGAGAUCAUUGAACAAUUGCACCGGCAGUUUGCUAUUUUGUCAGGUGGGAGAGGCAAAGACGGGGCACCAAUCAUUACCUUCCCCGAAUAUCCAGGGUUCAGUGAGAUCCCCGAUGAAGAUUUUCUGAACGUCGUCACUUACUUAACUAGUAUUCCCAGUCUGGAGGCUGCCAGCAUCGGUUUCAUCACCAUCAUAGACAGACGGCGGGACAAAUGGAGCGCGGUCAAGGCAUCGCUCACCCGAAUCGCACUUGUGCUUCAGUGA